ACUGAAAUAACAGAGAGAAAAUGACUGUUUCAAAGUCGAUCUGGUUUCUCUCUUGAUAACUGUUUGUACAAGUCAGUUCCACUAUUUUCUUGCAAAAUAAUGCGUUGUGAAGCCUGAAUCAAAUGAAAAUAAUCGAAGCGAUAAGCUAUAGGUAUAACCAGAAAGCAGCAGGCAACGUCUUUUAAUUAAUUUGUUGUGACGAUGAAGCGGGAGGUGGCGGUAGCAGCGGCUGCGGCGACAGCAGCCGCAACGGUGGCCGGAGUAGCUUUGCUGGUGAGGCAAUGGAGGCGGCGCAGCCACCAGCAGUUGAGCGCGCAGCGCAUCCUCCGCGAAUUCGCAAGGCGGUGCGCGACGCCGUCGUCAAAGCUGUGGCACGUGGCGAAUGAAUUGGCGUCGGACAUGGAAGCCGAGCUCGCUCCCGGCGACAGAAGCGGAAACCUAGGCGUCCCCGUUUCUUAUCUCGCAGGCCUACCAACGGGGGAAGAGAAAGGAAUAUUUUAUGGGAUAAAUCUGCGUGGGACUGAUUUCGUGAUAGUAAGAGCCAAACUUGAAGGCAGAAACGAACCACUGAGUGAUGUAUUGCGACAAGAGGUUGAAAUUCCUCCUCAUAUGCUGUCUAGUGCUGAGUCUACCCCGGAAUUAUGUGAUUUAAUGGCGCUUGAGUUGGCGAAAUUCGUAUCGGUGCACAUCGAGAGUGAUAGCAGCAAGGGGGCAAGAGAAAGGAUUUUGGGAUUCACGGUGUCACUUCCGCUAGCAUCUUCUGCCAUUCAUUCCAAAUGGAAACGCCUAUCCGUCGACGACGCAGAAUUAGUAGAAGAAAUAAACCGGGCGUUGAAGAAGCAUGGCGUUGAGAUGCGUGUUUUUGCAGUACUGAAUGAGACGAUCGGGCAUCUGGCUGGCGGAAGAUAUUACAGCAAAGAGAGUGUGGCAGCGGUGAGCCUGGGAAUGGGGACAGACGUUGCUUACAUCGAAUCAUUGCCUCAACAAAUAGUCAAGGAUUCUGAGGUUGCAGAAACGGCCAUUAAUAUGCAGUGGGGUAAUUUCUUCUCCUCCCAUCUUCCUCUCACAGAGUAUGAUGCCUCCUUAGAUGCCGAGAGCGCCGAUCCAGGAUGCCGGAUAUUCGAGAAGCUUAUUUCAGGCAUGUAUUUGGGAGAGAUUGUGAGGAGAGUGCUGCUGAGGAUGGCGGAGGAGUCGGCGCUGUUCGGAGAGGCAGUGCCGCCGAAGCUGAGCAGGCCUUACUCGCUGAGGUCGCCGGACAUGGCGGCGAUGCACCAGGACACGUCGCAGGAUUACGAAAUAGUGCAAGCGAAACUCAAGGAGAUAUUCGAGAUCGAGAGCUCGAGCCCGUUGGUGAGGGAGAUCGUGACGGAGAUCUGCGACGUGGUGGCGGAGAGGGGGGCGAGGCUGGUGGGGGCGGGGAUCGUGGGGAUAGUGAAGAAGAUGGGGAGAUUGGCCAACAGGAAGAGCGUCAUCACCAUCGAAGGAGGGCUGUACGAGCACUACCGGAUAUACAGAAACUAUCUGCACAGCAGCGUCUGGGAGAUGCUCGGUACCGACCUCUCCGACAACGUCAUCAUCGACCACUCUCACGGCGGCUCCGGCGCUGCCUCCAUCUUUUUAGCUGCCUCGCAGACCGACCAUUCUUGAUCAUUUUCCACCACUUGCAUGUUUCCCAUCACCA